AUGAGCUGUGGCACUAAGUCUUCAUCUAGCACCACUAGAAUUAGCAGUGGGGGUGGUGGUGGAGGUGGUGGAGGGGGUGGCAGCUCUGGAGUACGGAAGUCUGGUGGAUACUCCUCAGUGUCCACCAGAAAAUAUACCUCUUCUGGAGGAAGUGGAGGCUUUUCUGGGAGGAGCUUUGGUGGAGGAGCUUCAAGGAGCAGCUAUGGAGGGGGCUUUAGCAGCGGCAGCUGUGGAAGGAUUAGCCACAGUAGCUUCGGUGGGAGGAUGAGUGGUGGCAGUUAUGGAGGAGGAAUGAGCUGUGGAAGUAUGGGAGGAGGAUUUGGAUCAGGUGGGGGUGGUUUUGGGGGAAUGGGAUGUGGUUAUGGAGCUGGCAUGGGUGGAGGUAGUUUCAGCAGUGGUGGAUACAGUGGAUUUAGUGGCUUUGGGGGUAGUGGUGGCUUUGGUGGUGGUGGCUAUGGUGGAGGUGGUUUUGGUGGAAUGGGCUUUGGUGAAGAUGGUGGCUUGCUCUCCACAAAUGAAAAGCUGACCAUGCAGAACCUUAAUGAUCGCCUGGCUUCAUACUUGGAUAAAGUCCGACACUUGGAGGAGGAAAAUUCUCACCUUGAACACCUGAUCAGGGAGUGGUAUAAAAAUCAAGGUCCCACUGGUACCAGGGACUACAGCCAUUAUUACAGAACAAUUGAAGAGCUGCAGAACCAGAUUGUUGGUGCAAAUGUGGAACUGAACAAGAUCCUCCUUGACAUUGACAACACCAGAAUGACUGUGGAUGACUUCAGAUUGAAGUAUGAAACUGAAUAUACUCUCCACCAGAGUGUGGCAAGUGAUAUUAAUGGAUUACGUCCACUUUUGGAUCAACUGACUCUGUCCAAAUCUGACUUGGAGACACAGUUUGAAUCUCUAAAAGAGGAACUGAUCUAUCUCAGGAAGAACCAUGAAGAGGAAAUGAAAGGACUGCAAUCACAAUCUAGUGGUGAUGUCAGUGUGGAGGUCAAUGCUACUCCUGGCAUUAACUUGAUGGAAAAAUUAAAUGCAAUGCGUGUUGAAUAUGAACGGCUUAUUGAGAACAACCGGAGAGAGGUGGAAAGCUGGUAUGAAACCAAGAUGGAAGAAGUUAAUCAACAAGUCCACUCAAGUGGCCAGGAGAUACAAUCAAGCAACCAACAGAUCUCUGAGCUGAGACGUGAAUAUCAAAGCCUGGAAAUUGAGCUGCAGUCACAAAUCAGCAUGGUAGACUCUUUGCAAUCCAACCUGGAGGACACGGAGCGGCGCUAUAACAUGCAGCUGCAGCAGAUCCAGGCCAUGAUUGGCCCCUUGGAGGAGGAGCUGGCCAGCAUCCGCUGCGAAAUGGAGAGUCAGAAUGAAGAGUACAAGAUGCUCCUGGGCAUCAAGACCCGCCUGGAGCAGGAGAUCGCUCAGUACCGGGCCCUGCUGGAGGAGGGACAGCAGGACCUUGUAAUCCCAGCAGGAGGAAUGGGAGGAGGCAUGGGAGGUGGUAGAAUGGGAGGUGGUGGCUAUUCUUCUGGAGGAGGAAGAGGAGGAGGAGGAGGAAUGGGAGGAGGAAUGGGAGGAGGAAUGGGAGGAGGAAGUAGCGGAGGAGGAAUGGGAGGAGGAAGUAGCGGAGGAGGAAUGGGAGGAGGAAGCGGAGGGAUGGGAGGGGGAAGUGGUGGUGGAUGCAGUAUUGGAGGAGGAAGGACCUCAGGAGGCAUCAGCAGUUCCCACUCCUACUCUUCAUCUUCCCAGUCUCAGUCCUGCAGGAGCGGUGGUGAAAGCCAAGGGUAUGGAAGAAAAUCAUUUGACUAA